CCCACCCAUCUUCAGUGAGUUGUGAUUCUUCAAUCAGGAAGGCAGCAGCAGCAGCAGCAGCAGUAGCGGCAGCAGAGAAAAGUUUAAUUCGAAGAUGCGUGCUUUUGUGCUAAUAUCCGCAUGUCUGGCGGUGGCUUCCGCUCAGUCGCUUCUGAAUGGUAACACCCUGUCCAGCACCGGAGGAUCAUUUUCCGGCUUGGGAUCCAGCGGAUUCAGCUCGGGUGGUUUGUCGGGAGGUUCCUUCGGUGGAAGCAUUGGCGACGCCGGAGUCGGUCUGAGCAGUGGUGGUUUGUCGGGAUUGGGAGGCGCCGGAUUCAGAAGCUCUUUUGGAGGCGCUGGACUCAGCUCGUUUGGAGGUGCUGGACUUAGCUCUCUCGGUGGUGGCGCUGGACUUAGCUCUUUCGGUGGUAGCGCUGGACUUAGCUCUUUCGGUGGUAGCGCUGGACUCAGCUCUUUCGGUGGAGCUGGACUCAGUUCCUUCGGUGGUAGCGCUGGACUCGGUAGCUUCGAUGCUUCCUCCCUCGGAGGUGCUGGUCUUGGAUCUAUCGGUGGUGGAGCUGCAUUCCUUGGCGGUGGUGCCGCCAUUGGAGGAGGUGCCUCGCUGGGCGGCGCUGGUGCCCAAGUUCGGUACAAUGUUAGACCCGAGGUCGUCAAGAAGCACUUCUACUUCCACUCUGCCCCCGAGGAACCAGAGGAGCCAGAGGGUCAGGCCCGUGUUGAGAUCCAACCCCAGACUCACUACAAGGUGCUGUUCAUCAAGGCCCCAACCCUGAAGGCCCCAUCUGCCAACCGCGCCUCCACCCGUACCCGCACCCAGGAGAAGACUCUUGUCUACGUUUUGGUCAAGAAGCCCGAGGCUGCUGCCGAUGUUGCCGAUGCUCCAGUUGAUACCUACACCAGUGGCAAGCCUGAAGUUUACUUCAUCAAAUAUCAGGGCAAGGGUAACGGAGCUGGCGCUGGAGCCAUCGGUGGAGCCGUUGGUGGAGGUGCUGACUUUGGAUCUGCUUUCGGAGCUUUGGGAUCCGGUAGUGGACUUUCCGUCGGUGGAGCUGAUGCUGGCGCAGGACUUAUCGGAUCUGCUGGACUCAGCGGUGCUUCGUUCGGUGGUGAUUCCGUCUCCGUCAGUGCCGAUAAUGGACUUAGCUCGUUUGGUGGUGCAUCCGAUUCGGUUUCCGUGAACGCAGCUGGUGCUAGCGGCAUUAGUGGACUUAGUGGAUUGAGCGGACUGAGCGGACUGAGCGGACUUGGUGGAGCUGGACUGUCUGGUGCCUUCGGAGGAGCUUCCUCCUUCGAUGCUGGCUCGUUCAGCACUGGCGCUCCUUUCAUUGGCAGCACUGGUGGUUCGUUCAUCAGCAGCACCGGAGCUCCGUUCUUCAGCAGCACCAUCGGACCACUUGCCAAGCGGGAAACUUCGUCAAAGGACAACAAGAAAACCAAGAAGCAAUAAACUGGCCACAACCAACGCUCUCCCGUCUGCCAGAGGCAGACCAGGAGCUUUGGAAAAAACGUCAACGGGUGUAUAAAUUAGCUAAACAUAAGAGUUACGACGUGUUGCAAUAUUUUCUCUAGGGUAAAAUAGAUUUAUUUUUCUUUAGGAUAAAAAACGAACCGAAGAGAAGAAGUCCUUGUUUAUAAAUUUCAUGCUGUAUAGGAAGCCAACUUUGUACCAUAUAUAUAAAAACCACGGAAGCAUCAUCUUACGUAAUAAGGAAAAAAAAAUGAACAAAUAAAAUU